AUGGCGGGCAAAAAGAAGGCGCGCGGCCAUCGAGGCGGAGGCGGCCGCGCGGGGGCCGGGCGGCAUCGGCGGGACGAGGAGGAGGAGGACGAGGAGCUGCGCGCGCAGCAGCUCGACGAGCUCACCGCCAUGUACGCCCCGCCGCACCCCUGUCAACGGACCUCCGCCAUCUUCGCGGACGACUUUGAGCUGCGCGCGGAGCGGCCGCUGGUGGAGUAUGCGCUGCUGCUGCGCCCGCACUACUCCUUCGCCGCCCACGCCAACCUCGACGCCGUCUCCCUCCACCUCGUCGUCAGGCAAGCCCCUCCCCAGGCAAGCCCGCCCCCAGGCAAGCCCGCUCCCAGGCAAGCCCGCUCCCAGGCAAGCCCGCUCCCAGGGAAGGUCGUGGUGUGGCAGUAUUGCGGAUAUCCGAGGCGGGCGUUGAAGCUGCGAGUGGAGGCGCGGGAGGGGCUGGAGCAGGAGGACGUGGUGGAGCUGGUGGCGCUGCUGCACGACCAGGUGGGGUCAGGCCAGGGCACAGGGGGUGCAUCCGAUGGCUCUGCCUCCCACACCACCACCCCCUCCACUGCCCCCUCACCAUCCAGCAGCGCGUGGCCGAUGGGGUGUUCUGCCGUGACCCUGUCAGCGUCGGGGGGCGGGGAGGAGGACACUCAGGGGUCGGUGGAGCAGCUGGUGGGGCAUCAGAGGAGCACGGCGAGGCACAGGGGAUCAGGGGGCGGGCGCACGCAGCAGGACGGUGGUGGUGAUGGAGGGGAUGAGGAGGAGGGGGAGGAGGACGAGCAGAGUGAGGAGGAGGAGGAGGAGGAUGAUGAGGAGGAGGAAGAGAGUGAAGGAAGGAGUUUUUCAACGGAUGGAGGGACGGCAGUGGGUGCAGAUGGGAGGGAUGCAGCGCAGGGAGCCACUGCAGCUGCAGCUGCGGCUCACCUACUGCGCAUGGUCACCAGCCACAACGGCCCUCUGCCCCACGCCCUGCCUGCCCUCGCCUCUCAGCUGCACGCUCUUGAGGUGAUACCGCAGUGGGUGGCGGAUCUGCUGCACCAUGACCCGCGCCUCAUCGACCGUGCCUUCCACCGCGUCUUCAGCAAGCCUGCCCGCUGCCUCACUGCGCACGCCCAUGCAGACCCAUCCGUGAGCUUUCCUGCCAUGCCAUGUGCGCCACCUGUCCCUGCUUUCUCUCACGCUCCCUCCACCCAUCCUGCCCAUGCAUGUGUGCAUGCACCGGUCCAGCCGUGCUGUGUGUGCGCUCUUGUGCAACGGGCGCUGCAGCGGUUCUGGUCGGCCAGUGCGGAGGGCGAGGGCAGCGCUGCAGAUGCAGCAGCACAGGCGUCGGGGUCGCGCUACCUCUCAGACUUCGAGGAGGUCGCCAUGCUGGGCAAGGGCGGGUUUGGGUCGGUGGUGCUGUGUGUGAACAAGCUGGACGGGCGCAAGUAUGCCAUCAAGAGGAUUCCCCUCCGGGGCAAGAGCCCCGCCCUCAACUCCAAGAUCCUCAGGGAGGUGGCGACGCUGUCACGGCUGCAGCACCAGCACGUGGUGCGCUACUACCAGGCCUGGUUCGAGACCGGGGCCGGCCGCUCCACUCGCCACCUGCCCGCGCACACCGACACAGACAGCAUGGAGGGCAGCGCGAGCCCCACUGCGAGCACGUCGCUGGCGUCGGCAUCGGAGUGGCUCACUCGCGAUGCAGACCUCACCCACUCCCACAGCUUGCCGGGGGGGAGGGACGGCAGGAAUGGGGGUGAGGCGGAAACGACGUACCUGUACAUUCAGAUGGAGUACUGCCCCAGGUGCGUUCAGAUGGAGUACUGCCCCAGGUGCGUUCAGAUGGAGUACUGCCCUAGGUGCGUUCAGAUGGAGUACUGCCCUAGGUGCGUUCAGAUGGAGUACUGCCCUAGGACGCUGCGGCAGGUGUUGGAGGCGAGGGGGGGGGACGAGGUGGAUGGCGCGUGGGCGUGGAGGGUGGUGCGGCAGGUGGUGGAGGGGCUGCUGCACGUGCACGGGCAGGGCAUCAUCCACCGCGACCUCACUCCCAACAACCUCUUUGUUGACCCGCGUGGGGACAUCAAGAUCGGCGACUUCGGCCUCGCCAAGUUCUCGGAGCUGGGGGAGGGGGUCGAUGCUGCAGACGCUGGAGAAGAGGCAGAAAGGGAAUUGAGUCCCGAAGGGGGUGCAGAAAGGGGGGGGAGGGAAGGGGGCCCCAUGGGGGAGAGGCGGCAGUCGGCGACGGGGCAGGUGGGGACGUACUUCUACACGGCACCCGAGGUGGAGCAGGGGUGGGCGCACGUGGACGACAAGGCAACUGGGUGGGGUGGGCAGGUGGACAUGUGGAGUGUGGGCGUGGUGCUGCUGGAGUGUUGGCACCCCUUCCACACGGCCAUGGAGCACGCUCACACGCUCUCAGCCCUCAAGCUGCACCGCACCAUUCCACAUGAGUGGGCGCUCAAGCACCCCCAGGUGGCAGAGCUGGUGAGGCGGCUGCUGAGUCCGCUACCCAGUGACCGCCCGUCAGCAGCAGAGGUGUUGCGAUGCGACCUCAUGCCGCCGCGCAUGGAGGAUGAGGCGCUCAACGGUGGGUGCUUGCACACCACAAACGGUGGGGGUGGGGGGUCACUCUCACUGCCCGCGCUCCUUCUAAACUCCCAUGCUGCAACCUUUCCUGCCUGCACACAACCUUCCCUGCAUGGCUUCCCUGCUGGUGUAUCCUGUGUUCACUCCCAUGACCGUCGCCCUUCCCUCACUCGUGUGUGCCGCUGCGCCCCCCCCCCUGCACUGCGCUGGGGGCGAGCAGGCAUACUGAGGGCCAUCCAGGCGCCGGGGGACGACUCCUCCUCCUCCUCUACUUCCUCGUCGGCGGUGUACGACCGCGUGCUCGCCGCCAUCUUCGCCCGCCUCCCCGCCACGCCUCCCUCCUCCGCGCCCACCCCGCCACCUGUGCGCACGCUGCAUGGGGGGGCCGGGGAGGAGGAGGAGUGGGAGCGGGGGGCGGUGCAGUGGACGGGGGCGAGGGAGGCGUUCAUGGCGGGCGUGCAGUGCAUCUUCCACCGCCAUGGCGCCCUGCGCUCCGACACACGUGUCGUUGACUUUGCCUAUCCCGACCGCCGCACCCACGAGCUGGCGGUGCGGGUGGUGGACGCACAGGGCUCGCUGCUCUCACUGCGCUACGACACUCGACUCACCUUCGCCCGCUGGGUCGCUGCCACACAGACCUCGUCUCUGAAGCGCUUCCAGUUCUCCUCUGUGUUUCGCCGCGCUCCCGGUCGCCGCCCCCCUCAUGAUUAUCUGCAGGCAGACUUUGACAUUGUGGGAGGGACGCCGGUUCUGGCGGAUGCUGAAGCCAUCAAGGUGGCGGUGGAGGUGGUGGAGGGGAGUGGGGCGGCAUGGGGGGCGGUGGAGGUGCGGCUGAACCACCGCGACCUGCUGUGCGCCAUCUGGCAGUGGGCGGGGGUCACACGCCCGCAGGCGGUGGUGGAUCGCCUGCAGGCGGUGGAGAAGCGCUUCAGUGGGCCGGCAGACGAUGCCAUGGCGCGCCUCGCAGGGGCGCUGCCACCAGGUAUGCGCUCACAGGGGCGCUGCCACCAGGUAUGCGCUCACAGGGGCGCUGCCACCAGGUAUGCGCUCACAGGGGCGCUGCCACCAGGCCCACUGGUGGCGGCGGCACUGGGCGAGCUGGGAGAGCUGCUGGCGCUGCUGCGAGUGUGGGGCAUCCACCCCGCGUGCACCACCAUCGACGCCCUCAUGGCGCCCUCCCACCACUACUUCUCCAAAUGCUUCUUCCAGGUCUCCCCCACCCCCUUCUUCUUUCCCUUAAGCGCCCUCUUUGAUUUUGCUGCUCCUGUUUCCUUCCGUGCAUGUGACAUGCAGCCAUGGAAUGUCCACGCAAGGCACCUGCCGUCUCAACCUCCCCAUCACCAGCACCAGCAGCAGCACCCCCUAAACCCUAUCAGCACCCAGCGCACCACCCUGCCCUCUGAUGCUUCCUUGCCUGGCGCUCGCUCGCUCUCCGCCUCGCCCCCAUCCGCCCUGGCCGCCCCGUGGUCGUCCUCGCCGCCCCUCUGCGUGGCUGUGGGCGGCCGCUACGAUGCCCUGCUGCUCCACCUCUCCUCCGCUGCUGCCGCUGGGAGAGGAGCGACAUGGGUAGCUCCACUGCAACGUCCCCAUAUUCCCCUAUUCUUCUUUCUUCAUUCCCUAGCUCUCGGGCAAGAGGGGCAGGAGGCAGUGGGGGGGGCAGUGGGGGGGGGGAGUGGGGCGGUGGGGUUCAGUGUGGCGCUGCACAAGCUCAUGGCGCCGUCACACCCAACCACCCACCACACUUCCAGGCAGGCAGCGGUGGAUGUGCUCGUGUGCGCCAGGGGAGGGGCGGGGCUGCUCAGCGAGCGGAUGGAAGUUUCUGCGCGGCUGUGGGCGGCAGGAAUCAAGGCGGAGUAUGUGAGUGUGCGGGCACCCAGCCUGACGGAGCAGUAUGAGCACGCACACGAGCACGGCAUCAAGUGGCUCGUGCUUCUCACCGAUGCCGGCCUGCACACCCACUCUGCCAAGGUACGGCAUCUAGAUUUGAAGACGGAGGAGGAAGUGAGCCUUGAUGAUUUGGUCAAGUUCUUCCUCGACGCCCUGCCGUCUCUACCCACUUCUCGCCGCCGCGGGGCCACAGCACCAUCUGGUUCUGGCGCUGCUUGA